AUGGGCAAACAGACGUACUACGAAGUGCUAGGCGUGCAACCUGACGCCACAACGGAAGAAAUCAAAAAGCAGUAUCGCGUUCUUGCUCUGAAAUGUCAUCCUGAUAAGAACCUGGACAACACCGAAAAAGCCGCUGAAACGUUUACUCUUCUCCAAGAGGCGUACAGUGUUCUGUCUGAUCCCAAAGAACGAGCUUGGUACGAUCGCCACAAGGAGACGUUUCACACCGACACGGUGGACGUUGUCGACCACUCCAUUGAUGAGUCCUUCCUAACUUCAGACUGCUACACCGGCUUCGACGACUCGCCCACUGGUUUCUACACUGUGUAUCGAAAUCUGUUUGAUGAAAUUCUCGACGUUGAGGAGCCUCACAAAGCGUCGUUUGCGGAAUUGGCAAAAAGCAAAAACGACGACGAUGACAAGUAUCCUCGGUUCGGCAACUCUACCACCGAUGUUGCCGAAGUGAAGGCUUUUUACGAUCGAUGGCUCGCAUUCUCUACCGCCAUCAGUUUUGCGCAUCUGAAUAAGUACGACAUUCGAGAGGCGCCCAAUCGACGCGUGGUCAGGCUCAUGGAGAAGGAAAACAAAAAGAUACGAGAUGAAGCCAAAAAGAAUCGCAACAGUUUGGUUCAGAAUCAUGAAAAAUCAAAGAAACAUCUUGUUCGCCUAGAAGUAUUUAACGCUUUAUCUGAAGAUGAAGAUGAUGAAAACGAAUAA